AUGUCCGUUACCACCACAGCGACAGCGCCCGCGUCCUGUCCGACAAACGAGAUCCCCGAGGGCUUGCCAAUCCCGAACAAUGUCACAUACGCCGUCAUCCCGGGCCACAACGCGUCGGACCCGUGGAUGGUCAACUGCUGCUCUCCCAACCCAGUCCAUCUCGUGAACGACUGCUGGGAGUGGUGCGAGGUUCCCGAGGCGACCAAGAAGAACAGGGACGAUGCACAAAUUGUCUCCGUCUUCGGCAGUUGCUUGCGCGCAGAGGGACGCAAUUGGACCGAGUCGAACGGGGUCCAAGUCCGCUCUGCGUCCUCGCAUCGUCCUGUUCCCUUUGCAGGAUUGGUGUUGGCGGCGCUCGCGGCGUGCACAUUGGGUCUUGUGGUUUGA